AUGCAGGGCUUCAACAUGGGACGAUAUGUUCCACCGGAACUUGAAGGCACGGUCUCCUUCAACACAGCAUCUGGCAAGGGCCACGCGCUGGGCGCCCGGGCUCGCAAGCUGCAGAGCGAGGGAGUCCUGACGGUGCGGUUCGAAUGCCCCUUCGCGAUCUGGUGCACGCACUGCUCGCCGGAGCAGAUCAUUGGGCAAGGCGUUCGGUUCAACGCGGAGAAGAAAAAAGUCGGCAACUACUUCAGCACGCCCAUCUGGAGCUUCCGCUUCAAACACACCGUGUGCGGCGGCUGGUUGGAGGUACACACUGACCCCAAGAACGCAGAGUACCUGGUCGUCGAAGGCGGACGGAGGCGGGACACCGGUGUGGAUAAACUGCUCGACGGCGAGGUGAGGAUCGGGGUGUCAGACACAGAUAAAGAUCGGUUGGAGAGGGACGGUGGCUUUGGUGCGUUGGAGAAGAAAGUAGAGGAUCGGUCUGUGUUUGACGCGCACAAGGCCCGGUUGGAUGGUCUCCUCAAGGCCAGUGAACGUGACUGGGCUGAUCCUUAUGAGAUGAGCAAGAAGCUCCGUGCGGAUUUCAGAGUCGGGAGGAGGAAGCGCCAAGCUGAUGAGAUGUCUGGCGACGCGCUCAAGGAGAAGUUCGGUAUCGGAGAGGAUCUGCUCCUGCUCCCCGAGCGCCCUGACGACAGCGAUCGUGUCAAGUAUAUCGAUUUUGGCCUGCGGACUGAGGGUUCUACCUCAUCCUCUUCCUCGAAACCCCUCUUCCAGGCUCUGCAGGAGAAGUUACCUUCAAGGUUCAAGGUCGGGUCGACCAGCACUACCACUACAUCUUCUUCUGCUUCUGCUGCUAUUGCAACUGCCGCUUCGAAAAAGCUUGUACUGCAGAACGAGCUGAAGACAAAUACGCGCAUAGCUACAGACCCCUUCUUACGUGAUACUGACCCCUGGCAGCCGAGGGCGAAGCGGAAACGAGAUCCUACAGCGGAGCACGAACAGGGACAGGUAUCAGAACGGGACAAGCUUGCAAAAGUGGAAAGUGCGGCGUUGGUUGGUUACGAUUCGGAUUCUUCAUGA